AAUCUUGCCCCGCUAGCAGGUGGGCAGCUGCAGCCUCUCUCCGCGGUUACUGCCGUGAUUGCUACCUUCACUGAGGCUUGGGCAGGCAGAGAGCGCGCGGAGCUGGGGAAGAUGCUGCAUCUGUUCUGGCCUGGGGGCUCCUGGGGGCUCCGGAUGCUUGUUUGCUUCCUGCAGCUGAACAGUCGCCCGGGGUGCUGCAGCGACAUUACUGCCCACGAAGGUCAGGAUCAAGUGGGAGUGGGGCAGCUCUGGUCCCUCCAAGGACUUACCACCCCAGUCUUCCAGAAUUUACAAGUCAUACUCCAGCAGAUUGUACCCCAAGGUCUGUUCUGGAAGGAUGACAUCACUCAAGAUGUGAUGAUCCCCCAAAUGGGGCACAUCAACCCCCAAGAUCCAUGCCUGAGGGAUGAGAAGGCAGCUUUUCCCACUAAACUCACUGGGGGGAGGGGCAAACAAAAGGAGAAACUUCGACUCCUUUUCCCUAAGAGCCCUGUGGCCAAGGUGAACAAAGAUCAGUGCUUUCCCUCCAGAAUGGCUUCAAAGGCUCUGAAGCGAGAAGUGGCCAACCCUGUCAAGGUGAGGGUCUCACUUCUCCUAGGGAGGUUGGAAUCACCAAGGAUCUGUUUAAAUGAAGGAGGCAGAGAAGAAGGGAAUGGGUGUUGGAGUGAGAAUGGGGCAUCUUUAGGCCACUUCCCACUGUGGGCCGAAAUCUUGUUGCUGACUGAGACUUAAGUAAACCCUUGCUGCCCCAAUGCCCUCCCAUUCCCAUUUAGAGGGACAGUCCUUGCAUGACCGAAAUCUGAAUCAUUAAAGUAGAAUUUCA